GCCGGCACCAUGGCUUUCAACGUACGUUAUGGCGGGAAAAAUUAUGACAUAAAGGACUUCCUACACGAUCAUCCUGGUGGUGUGAACACAUUGGAAAAGUUUAAGGGGCGGUCUAUAAACGAUGUUAUGAUAAAGUACGGCCAUAGUGUCAGUGCAUAUCACAUGUUGAGUGAUUUUAAAGUUGAUGGUAAUUUAACUGGGAGUGUUAGUGAAAGUGGUAGGAUAAUUACAAAGGAGGAUAGCGGUAGGGAUGAGAAGGAGAUCGCGUUUUUAGAAGAAUUGGAGAGCAGACUGGAUUGGUCAAAGCCUCUACUAUCUCAACUGCACAAGAUAGCGCCGCACUACGAGAAAUGGGUGAACAGCGCAGUGUAUAGGAAAUGUAGGCUCUUCUCCAGUCCGAUUCUUGAGAGCUUGACGUAUACUCCGUGGUACUUGGUCCCUGCGUUUUGGGUGCCCAUCAUAUUGUACCUGAUGUACACACAGUACUUCGAAUAUGUUAUGUGUGGAGAUCAAUGUCAUGCAGAUAGAUUGAUGAUAGUGGAGUUUCUCUGGCACUUAGCAUUUGGUUUCAUAAUCUGGACCUUUCUGGAAUAUUCUCUACAUAGAUGGGUGUUCCAUUAUGAUCCAGGGUCGUCAAUCAUCAUGAUACAGAUACAUUUUCUGAUACACGGGAUGCAUCACAAGGUGCCAUUUGACGGGCUACGUCAAGUUUUCCCGCCAAUUCCCGCGCUUGUGCUCACGUGUAUUUUAUAUGCGCCAGUGAGGUUUUUUUUUGCGUAUCCAUUGAUUAAAUUAACUGGAGGUCUUAUAGGCUACCUGACGUAUGAUAUGAUUCACUUCUACGUUCACCACGGCACGCCGAGGGACGGCAGUUAUCUGUACGCGAUGAAGCGAUAUCACUCUAAUCACCAUUUCGUUAACCACGAUAAAGCGUUCGGAAUCAGCAGUAAAGCAUGGGAUCUGGCAUUCAAUACAUUUGUUCAAGUGAAAAAUUUAGGCAUAAGUUUAAGAUGGUAGUUUGUAAGUAGGUUCUAGCGAAUGGUUAUAUUAUAACAAUGCAUUAUGCAGUUUAUUUUCUAAAAUCUUAAUGUGGUUUCAUAAUGAUGCCAAUUACAGUAUUUUUAAUAGGAAAAAGUAAUAUAUAAAAAUAAAUGA